AUGCAACACCGUAAUGAUUUAAUCCGAAAAUCAGCACUUAUGUUUAUAUCUCAUAAGAAAACGUGUGCAAAAAUGGAUCGUCAGCUGACAGAACAAGAAAUACGCACUAUGUUUGACCACAUGGAUAAGAAUCACAACGGAUACGUGACUGCUAAAGAACUAAGAUAUUAUUUAAAAGUACACGAUGCGAGAGUCACAAAUAAAGAAGUCAAAGACUUCAUUCGUAAGAUUGACGAAAGUGGAGAUGGUCAAUUAAGUUUGCAUGAAUUUAUGAAAGCAUUUUCACCACAAAGAAGAUCCUGUACUACAGACUUCAGGACAAUACGAAGAUGA